CUAGCUCAUUCCUGGAUGUGUUCUGAGGUAUUUAGUCUGAAGAGUGGCCGUCGAGGACUUUGAACAUUUUACUCAAAAAAAACUUUUUUUUUCUUCAAGUAAUGGACAUUUGAUUACUAUUUUUGCCUCCAGUUUGUUCCAGAAGGAAAAACUAGUUUUUAGCUGCCACAACCCCGCCCAUAAACCAGUUUUUCCAGCCAUAAGAUUGUUAACGUUAUAAUAACAUGACGGUUAACGAUAUAAAACUGAUGUAACAAGAGAUCUGUUGCUGUAAAGCACAAUAUACAGUAGUAUAGCUACCCGAGACGCUGAAGUAUUUAUAGUAAGUGUUGAUUUUCAAAGCAUUCUGAACCAAAAUUCAUGAAAUCAUCAAUUGUUUUGUCGUAGAUUUAGGCUAAUGUGAAGUCUGCUAGUUGGUCUCCGUACGUGGCUAGCUAGCUAUUUGCAGUUCAAAUGCAGCGAAAGCUAAGGAUAGUUUAUGAGCUCACACAGGAAAGUAUGCAGAGUGGAAACGCUCCGUUUCUUUGUGUGUGAGACUGAUACAAAUAAACUAAACACAUGUUUUAAGUUAAUCAUAAGCAAUCUACUCAUAAAGAUUGCCGUAGGAAAUAUUUUUGCCUAUGAAUCUGGAUGUUUUUUUUCUCUAAAUAGGGAGAGGUUCUUGGAAUUGACACCUACCGCAAUCUAUACAUAAAGAUUGCUUAGUUUGAAGAUUACGGACUUCACUGGAAAAGUCGGUCAUUUGUGGUAGUUUGCUACACCUGACAUUGUAUCGUCGAUAUCGUUAUAGCAGGAAAUACAUUCCCCAGGUGUACGAUAUGUAUACGGCAAUCUGAGGAUAAAGAUUGCAGGAUUGAAAUACUCGGGGGGAAACGUUCAUUCGAAAUUUUGUACAAGGCAGAACGGUUUUGUCGGAAUUACAUCAAAAUGGCGGGCUUGUUGUCGUUUUAUCCUUUCAGAAGACGCAGCAUUAAUGGCUACAAUGUUUUUCUGGAGUGACAGUCGGGUGUUGGCUUCCCUGAAUAGCGGAAUGACUUUCUUCUCGCAGUGUCCUUAACGCAUGUGUAGCCGUUAUAGCUAGAUACCUUCCGUUGUUUUUUGUAGAUAGUCAAAUGAUUCUCCGGCCGUGCUAAUGUGAUAGUAGGCUAACUGUGUUGUUGUGGCCGGGUUAGCUGGCAUACAUUGUUCUCGAGGCUGUGGCAGCCACGAAGCAGUUAACAAAAGAGGGCAGGGCCUAGGUUUAUUUUCGGUGGAUCACGGGUUAGUUUUUUCUCUCUUAACGGCACCCUCCCCUAGUCUGAACUCGGUCAUUCAACGGGAUCUUUAUUCUAGUGGUAUGGUAGGGCGUGCAUUGCAAUGACAGAUGCAGUUUGUCAUAAAGGGCUGCGUGAAAUUUAAUUAUAUAACCAUCAUUAACAUGGUGCGUUUGAAUGAAAUGUAUAUACAUAAUUUGAUUAUCUACAGGCUUUCCCGCCUCUAUUUUCUAUUUGUAACUAGUCAUUUAUUUGAGUUAGAUCUGCUUGGUGUAGGCUACAAACAGAAAUAACAUUAACCCCAUAGGACAAAUGUGUUUGAUGUAAUAAUGACUGUCGACCAGGGAUACGGUUGUUAUGUAAACAAAAAAUCACUUUGUAUUGCCAGGGGUUUGAGCGAUAGUGACAAAGUAUUUGUUAAAUUGUAGCUAAAUGAUAACAGGUCUUACUCUUUUCAACUGCAUUGCUAUUUAUUUGAGUAAAUGCACCAAAGCAAUUAUUUGUGUAUGAAUAUUAAUUUACUUGACUUUUCCCCCAUUGAAUUAUUCUUUACUAGGCUGUCUUCUCAAUAACUUCGUUCUAUUGACUGUGUGCGUGUGUAACAGUUGUGACAUUUUCAGGAGUUGUGUGUUGUGGAGUUCUGAGACUAUAUAAAACUUCUACUACAACAGUUAAACGGGUAAGACCAAACUGAUUUCCUCACAUCAUGACAUUUCAAAAUGAAAUACUUGGAUAUUAUCCAAGUAAUACUUGGAUACAGUAAUUAAAAGUAUAUGAUAAUGAACAUAGUCAUAACCAUAUUAUAACGACCUUCAAAUAUUAACGUUAUAAGCGUUCAGUUAUGCACUGAACAAUGAGAAAAAUGCAUACAGAUAGCCUAAGUCCCGCCCCUACUGUAAGUGUUUAUUAUGAUUUAAGCAUAGUUUGAGCAAGGCUAAGCAAAAAUUAUAAUUACAUUUUACUGCAAUGGUUUUAUAGCUUAGUGGAGAUUUGACUGCGUUUUAUAUGUAGAGGAUCGAUCCAUCCAUAGUCACUGUAUCCUCAACUGAGGUUGGUCUACUAGUGUUCCCAUUAUAUGGCACAUUAAUGACGUCGGUAGUUGUUUUAACAACGCACUUGUACUUGAGCCAAUCUCCUGCUCAGGUUAACUAUACGUUUCAAAUAUAUUCAUAGCCAAAUUAAAUUACUUUCGUUUAGUGAAUUUGACGUUUUUUAAAUAUAGUGUAUAAAUUUGCUUUGAUACAUGUAUUCAUUAAUUGGUACUUUGAAAUGUGUGGAUUUCAUUUGACUACAUUAGCAUUGACGUGUAGUGCUUGUACAUUUCAUACAAUUUGUCAUUCCUUGUACUAAACUAUAGGUGGCAGUAAAUGCUAAGAAACGUUUAUCCAAUACUCUUGGGGGGACCAUUGAAGCAAGUGUUAGUCAUGGAUAAUGCUUCAGAUUAAAUAUUCCCUUUAUUCUAAUGUUAAUAUUAGGUAAUUAACAUACUGGUUCCACAGUAGUCCUAUACACUUUAAGGGAUGUAUGUGUGAGAUCAACCACUUACAAUACCAAUACUUACAAUAUCAAUUCAAAUAACUUUAAUAUUACUUUAAAAUUAUUAUUUAUACUUACAAACACACACAAAAAUAGUUAAAUAUGUUCUUUAGAUAACUGAAAUUAAUAGUACUAUGCAUUUGUCAUAGAAUAGGCUUCUUCUGUGCUCUGUUCAACCAACUGUGUUCCUUGGAGUUCCUGUGCCACCUGAGACUACUGGUAAUAUGACUGCACCCUUCUCUAUCAGUGAAGGAGCUGGUCAGUCAUUCCAACCACCAGUUUAGUGCACUGCAAGCCUGAAACUGAAUAUCGGUAGGCUUUCAUUUUGAGGGCCGUGUCUGUGUGCCUCAGUGUUUAGCUUCCAAUAUGUGUGUAUUAUUAGUAGAGGGGGAAGCUACUCAAGGUAUUUUUCACCCACACUCAACAAAGACUGUAGCAUCCUCAUCCAUUACCAGGACAGCAUCAGUAAAGUAUUCUAGCUUCCACAGCUCUCAUCACCUUUGACAUUUCUAUAAAAACAUUUCUAUAAAAAUAAGUUGGAAAGUCAGUAUUUUUUUUCUCUGAGACUAGAACAGUACAAAUGGCAGGUUGACAAGGCUGCUGCUCAGCCCAAAGACUAACUUCCCCGCCACUGUAGUUUGUAGGUCUACUGGUUGUUUUGCUCAUGUCCAAGCCUAAUCACUCAUCCGUUUUUAUUUGCACUUACCAUGAACUUGUUAAGGCUGUACAUUUUAUGAAGGCAAUCAUGAGUGGAAGGUUUUGUUGAAACUUGUUGUGUAAUGUUUUAACAAUCUGAAUAAAGCAUAGCUACUUGAAUUUAUUGCUCCGCCCUUGGGGGAAGUCCACAUGAACCUACUCUAAACUACAGCCCAACCUGUCAUUUUCUCAUAAUAAUGUGCUGUGUUGAACUGACUCCUUGCAUAUUUCCUCCCUUUCUUUCUCUGUGUAUUCUAUUGAAUUACUGACACAGAAAAUGAACUAGCAGCAUGACCUAUAAGCAAUCUUUGUAUUAGGCUCUACCCUGCUGUCUUUGGGGAAGCCUACUGCAGAUACUGUGAGAACAGGGACAGUAGGCUCUGUCUGUCAUCCCCUCUUCUCCCUCAGCUAGGAGAAUAACCCCACGGAACUGACAGAUCCAUCCCUCAGAGAAAAUGAAAUGCACAUUUUUUAAAAAGCAGAGAUGGCGGUGGGCCCGGUGGACCCCAGGGAGGUCCUGAAGGGAGUAGAGAACCUGCUGGGGAAAGAUGGAGAGCUCCGCAGCCUGGAGGGAGUCCCCAACGUUUUCAGUCUCAUGAAGGGCUCUCACAAGAUGGUGAGCAGGUGUAUGUACCUGAAUAUCUUACUGCAGACCAAGUCCCAUGACAUUCUCAACCGGUUUAUCCGAGUGGGAGGCUACAAGCUGCUGAACGCGUGGCUGACCUACUCCAAGACUAGCAACAACACCCCCCUGUUACAGCUCAUCCUGCUGACGCUGCAGAAACUGCCCCUCACUGUAGACCACCUGAAACAGAACAACACUGCCAAGCUGGUCAAGCAGCUCAGCAAGACUGGAGAGACUGAGGGGCUGAGGAAGCUGGCCACUGGGCUGGUGGAUGGCUGGAUGGCUACCAUCCGCUCCCAGAGUGUCUCUGCCACCUCUCCUGCAGAUAAGAAGCGGAAGAAGGAGGAGGGGAGAGUGCCAGUCCGAGAGGUGAAGGCGGCUGAUGUAGGGAAGGCAGCAGAGGAGGAGAAGAAGCGGGAGAAGCCCAAAGCUCACGCUCCCAGCCAUGCUAAGAUCCGCUCCAUAGGCCUGGAGAUGGAUGCUCCCACCCCUGUCCCAGUCAAGAAGCCAACCGUGGCCCUCCAGCUGGGAGACAAGUACAACAUCAAACCAGCCCUAGUCCUCAAGAGACCCAGUUUGGGUCCUCUGGACCCUCCCCCUGUGGAGAAGAAGUAUAAACCUCUAAACACCACUCCUAACCAGACCAAGGAGAUCAAAGUGAAGAUCAUCCCGGCACAACGUAAGACCUCAACAGAAAUCGCCCUUGAGGGUACAGGCUUCCUGGAUGCCCUAAACUCCGCCCCCGUUUCUCUCAUCAAGAUCAAGAAGAAGAAAGGAAGGGAAGGGAGAGACCCCAAAGCUGUCUCUCCCACGUCAAACAAGCCGUGUCCAUUCGAGGGUAAACCCCACUAUCCGUCACCCCAGGGCGGCGCCAAGCCCUUGUCCCCAGAGACCCAGGUGGCCUCCACCACCCCUCCCCACGAGGUCCCAGUAGACCUAGAGCAACCCGGCACGCCUGUGCCUGCCGACGACCCAGAGGCCAUGGACACGAGCAGUGAGAAGCCCAGCGCCCUGGCUGAGCCCCGCGGCGAAGAGGAGGGUCAGCUGACCAAGAAGGGCAAGAAGAAGAAGAGCGUGCGCUGGGCCGAGGAGGAGCAGCUCAAAGAGUACUUCUACUUCGACCUGGACGAGACCGAGAGAGGUGAGAGAACAAAAACUAACGUCAACGUCAACAAGGUCAAGGACUUUGGCGAGGCGGCGAAGCGCGAGAUGAUGAUGGACCGCCACACGUUUGAGAUGGCGAGGCGCCUGUCCCACGACUCCAUGGAGGAGCGGGUCCCCUGGAGCCCCCCGAGGCCCCUGGCCCUCACCGGCCCCCUGGUCAACGCCGGGGCCAACAGCACAGAGAGACUCACACAGAGGGACCGCGAGACGGGCAUCCUGCAGGAGAUCUUCCUCACCAAAGAGAGUGUUCCUGACAGCCCCCAUGAACCAGAGCCUGAGGCCUACGAACCCAUGCCUCCACGCCUCAUACCCCUGGACGAGGACUCAACCAUGAUGGACGACAGCUACAUGGAGCCCAUGGACACGUCGUCCCAGCCUGGCUCUGCCGUGGGCCCCGGGGGGGUGGAGGGCUCCAAGCUGCCCCCCAUCCUCGCCAACCUCAUGGGCAACCUGGGGGCCAACAACCUGUUGGGCAACCUGGGUAACCUAGGCAACAUUGCCCAGGGCACGCCUGGUGCCCCCGCUGCCCCCUCCGUCAACGUACAGGAGCUACUCACCUCCAUCAUGGGAGCUAGUGGUGGCCAGUCUACUGAGGACCUGAUCAAGCAGCCAGACUUCUCUGAAAAGAUCAAACAGCUGCUGGGCUCUCUACAGCAGACCCAGAACCAGGGCCCCCCCACCGGACCCCCGCCCGGAGUGAGCCAGGGCCUGUUGGGCCACGGUCCAGGCAUGAACAACAUGCCCAACAUGAACAACAUGGGCAUGCCCAUGAACGGAGUGGGGUACCCUCCUGCAGGCAAGCCCCCGGGCCCCGGAGGCCCCCACUACAACCACCCCCCGCCCCCGCCCCCACACAACCACGGACCCCCUGGCUUCAACGCCAAUCCCCGCAUGAUGGGGCCCCCGCCGCCCCAGGGCCACGGAGGAGACAACAGCAACUACUGGGGGGACGACUCGAUGAGGGGGGGGCCACACCGGGGCGGAGGGGGACACUUCCACCGCGGGGGCCGAGGGAGAGGAGGGGAACAGGUGGGCUUCAGAGGGAGAGGACGAGGUGGUCCUAGAGGAGGACACAACAUGGGAGACAUGUCCAAGAGGCCAGUGUGUCGCCACUUCAUGAUGAAAGGAAACUGCCGUUACGAGAGCAACUGUGCUUUCUACCACCCCGGUGUCAACGGUCCUCCCCUGCCUCCCAACCACCCCGCCCACAACCAGUACAACGACCACGGUCCACAACAUGGGCACUAGUCCGCCGACACACCUCGGACACUAAGACGUGACAAUACCCUGAUACUACCACUAGGUGGCAGAACUCUGAAUUCAUGAGCUGCUGGUUUGGUUUCACCGCUGGAACAGCGAGGACAGAGAGACAGACAGCCCACCAGGCUAGAAAGACAUGGCGCGAGACAAGACCCAUAGAUAGUUGGAUGUGACUGCCAAUGUGUCCUGCUGCCUUAACAGCUGCUCCGGUCUGGUGAUCUCUGUGAUUUUUCUGCAGGUCUGUUGAAGAAGCAGUUCUCCUACUGUGUGACUGGGACUUUGAUAUGAAGGCUCACCAGUAGCAGAGGAAGAUACUGAAUGUAGAGGGCAGAAUCAGACCUUUCUCUACUACUACCUCUUCCUCUCUCCCCACACCAACCCAAGAUGUCCCCCAAGAAAUCCUUUACUUUCUACAUCCAUUUUUGUUUGCCCUGCUCGCUCAAACGCCCUCAAUCAGGGAUUGAGGACAUUGCUUGUACACAAGAAUACACACGCUCAUGCCCUGGCUUUGUAAAAGUAUAGGUACUGCUAUAGCUGUGAGAUGAUCAUUAAUAUGUUUAAAUAGAUGUUUUAUUGUGAUCAUAUUUAACACAGUUGCUUCAGGUUGAUGAUGUACAGUAACCACCCACUAUGACCACUAUGACUAUUAUGGUUGCUGUCUGACACUCUCCCAUAUAGCCUAUCAGCUAGCCCUGUCUAACGCACUAGUCUCCUACAUCUUUGAUACUUCAAUCAGCACUGAGCUAAGAGAUCAGCAAUGAAGAUAGAACAUCAAUAGAAACAUCUCCAGGAUCUCCCCAGUAUUGAGCCAGACUUCUUUAAGCUAAAUAAUCCUUCCAUCAUUCUGCUCUGUAGUUGUGUAGCGUCACUCUUGCCCUGGCUGUACCUAUUGGACCGUGUUCCCCUGAGACAGGAUCUUUAGCGAACCGUCAGCGCCAGAAUGAGUAUAAGCCCCGCCCUCCCUCCUGAAUGACUGAAUGUAGCACUGUGGUCCCCUGAGUUUUCAAACUGUAGUCAGAAAGACAUGGCCAAAUGACAAUGUUCAGUACACCAUUUUAAAACCUAUUUACGGCCAAGUGGCAUACAAGAAAGACAUGCCACUUUUUCUACCGUAGGAUUUCAACAGAAAACAAGAUAAUGAAUGUGAAGUUGACCAAAUCAUUUGAAUAUGGUUUGCAAACUUCCCAAUAGGCAACAGCGUUAUCAGUUAGGAAGCACUUUAAAAGGAAAGAUGAGGGCCAAAUCCAAGUCGUUUUCACCAGGCAUCCUGACUGACAGGACAGGACCUAACUGGUAACGUCUAAUGUCGCUCCAGCCCUCUACGCUGCUUGUUCUAUGUUCUACUAUCUAGCUCCUGCUCUAGAAAGGCCUGCCUGAAACCGUUCCCCUCAAGAUCAAAUGAAUGAAACAGUAUUGAGAAGAGAAUGUUCAACUGAACCACUCCUAGAUGAAUGCCUACGCACUGAACGAACGAACGCUGCCUGUAGGCUACGUGUUGCGUUUUCUACUUGUGGGUAUUAGUGGUCUGCCUAUCACAGGAGAGGAAACAACAGGAAAAAGCGUUGCUUGAUUUGACUGAGCCUUUUACCAAGAAGAAUACAUUAUAGUGAAUGAAGUUCAGGUCUAAUGGAAGCCUCUGUGUGAUUUUUAUAUUUCAACAACUGUAUAACCUGUACCAUCAACUUGUACCACCAGGAGUAUCUCUCUUCCAUGUGACAAAAAUGAUGGUCAAAUGUCCCCCUGGAUACCCUGUGGCAGACACACAGUCCCCUUACAUAAGUGCUGCUUCUUCACACACACACACACACACACACACCUGUAUUAGCUUGUAUGGGCUUCAGUGUUCGGUCAGUGUUAAAUGUCCAACGGGGUAAAACUAAGGAAUCAUUCUCUGGGUCAACUAAUUCAAAGUGUUUUCUAUGAAAACCGUGGCCUUAAUGUCUCUUGUGGGACUAUAAUUAUGUAAAAUGUUGUUUUUGGUUGGAUUUGUUGCGUUUUUAUUUUGAUAUGAUAUUUUGAGAUGAGUUGGAUCUCUCCAAAAUGAGGUUGACGUUUUUGUUAGAAAUUCUUGUAUCCAUGUGUUUGUGUAAAUGCAUACACACACUCAUACAUAUUAUCAGUAUGAGUAUUUUGUACAUGUAUUAAUAAAUGUCCUAAAAUGAAAGUUUCA